AUGUCAUUGUUUGGCUUUACCACCAAGAACCAUAUGCCCACUUUGAGUCUCGCGACGGUGCUUGCUCUCCUUGCUAGCUGUGUUACGCCUGUAUUCGCCGUCCUUCUGGGAGACAUUUUCAACUCGUUCACAUCGUUCGGCGGUGGUGAUAUUAGUGGCGACGACCUACUCCGGAAGGUAGCGAGACACGGCAUCGCGCUUUCAGGCUUAGGUAUCGCUAGCUGGGUACUUAAUGGAGCGUACUUCAGCCUCUUCAUCGUUUUUGGGGAGCUACAAGUCUCGAACGCUCGAACCAGGAUCUUCGAAGGACUGCUGGGGAGGGACCAGGAAUGGUUCGAAACACAGAAGGAUGGCACAAAAGCUUUCUUGUCUUAUAUUCAGGCCCAAAUGUCCGAAUUGCAGAUGGCAACGUCGCAGCCGCUAGGGCUCAUCAUGCAAUACACCUUCAGAACGAUCAUUGCGCUGGGAUUGGCAUUCUAUACCUCGUGGAGUCUUGCGUUUAUUACGCUAGCCGGGAUCCCAGUUUUCUCAGGCGUCGUUGCCUUUCUUUCUUCUCGAAUCAAGCCAAGAAUCGAAGCCCAGCAGGUUGAACUUAGCCGUGCCUCAAAAGUCGCCAAUAACGCUACGAGUCUGAUAGACACGGUCAAAUGUCUCAACGGACAGGCAUUCGAGCUUCGCGAUUUUGCCGUGAAAAUCAAUAGUGCUGCAGCUCAAUAUCUCAAGCAAGCACACCUAAACUCCCUACAGAUAGCAGUCAUACGAUUCAUGAUGUUCGGCAUGUUUAUUCAAGGAUUUUGGUAUGGUACUGCUCUAGCGACAUCUGGGAAACUCACUGCCGGUGCAGUCCUGAGAACAUUCUGGGCCUGCUUGACUGCAGCUCAGUCGAUCGAGCUAGUCUUGCCGCAAGUAAUAGUGAUGGAGAAAGGCAAGGUUGCAGCGGUAAUGUUAAAGGAUCUUCUGAACGGCCGAAGAGUGAAAAAGGACCCUGAGGGGUUGAAAGGAGCUUCAUACCCCCGAUAUUGUGACGGUGAUAUCGAAGUGUGCGAUCUUUCUUUCACCUACUCUUCUCAGCCCGAAAGGUCCAUAUUAAAUUCAGUCAGCUUCUUCUUUCCUGCGGGUGAGACGACUUUCGUGAUUGGAGAAAGCGGAUCUGGAAAGAGUACGCUCGGACAAUUACUUGCACGAUUUUAUAUGCCCACCUCAGGCGAAAUACUAAUUGAUGGCAACGCAAUUCAGACUCUCAGCCUCAAUUGGAUCAGGAACAACAUCACACUUGUCGAGCAACGGAGUGUGCUUUUCAACGAGUCCGUUUUGACUAACAUUGCCUUCGGCCGUCGAGCACACGAGACAGUGACGAAGGAAGACGUGCGCGAAUGCAUUGAUUUGGCAAUGCUCAGGGACACCAUUGAUAGCUUGCCAAAUGGUCUCGACACGUGCGUUGGGCCCGGGGGAAGCUUCUUGAGUGGAGGUCAAAGACAGAGACUGGCGAUUGCACGAGCUAGGCUACGGGACACUCCCAUUCUCAUCAUGGACGAACCUACGAGCGCCCUGGAUGGCAAAAACCGUAUAGCAGUGAUGAGAGCGAUACGGGAAUGGCGCAGAGGGAAGACGACGAUCAUUAUCACACACGAUAUGUCACACAUCAUGGACCAGGAUUACGUUUACGUCCUCGAGCAUGGCUCUGUUGUGCAAUCAGGAUACCGGCAUGAGCUAGAAAAUAGCCCAGCGAAAGAGAAAUACUUUCCUUUCAGCGAAAGGCAAAUCUCUUCGAAAAAUCCUCCGAAGCCGGAAGUCUCCUACGUCAAUGACGAGAUGCAGGAGAUAGUCAAUGUUCCGAAUACUAUCUGUGCAAGUAACUUUGGCUUCCCGAAGCACAAAGAAACACCAGUUCUGUCAAGGAGAACUCCUUCGCAAUUUAGGAACGCUCAAUUGUUCGACCGCAGAAUGCAAGAAAUGCAGCUUUCCGCAGGACUGAGUAACGUGGUUAAGGCACAGGCGACGUCCCAAGCAGAGGAGAUCUCGAUACCUGAUGGAGUUGCUAUACCGAUGCAUGAACUAAGUAUGGCGCAGUCACGCAGAUCAUUCAUCUCUGCCAGUCGACUCCAAUUACAUCGCGCUUCUCUGACUCCCCCUAUUCCUCAAGCUGAAGCAACAACUUAUUCGCAGUCUAUCAAGGGGCCGCAACCCGCGAGAGGGAACACUCCACUUUCAGGACAGCAUCGUCUCUCUAUAAACCAGAUCAUGCGGACAUUAGUGCCCAGCCUCACUUCGAGACAGCGGUUGCUGCUCCUGCUCGGAGUCAUAGCUGCACUGGUGGAUGCUACUGCAACACCUGUUUUCUCUUACUGUCUCUCUCAGCUCUUCCAGUCAUUCUACGACAUAAAAGUUAGCUCCUUGAGAUGGGCGCUGGCUGUUCUAGGUGUCGCUGUAAUUGACGGGACUGCGUCUUACUUCAUGCAUUAUCUUUUGGAGGCUUCAGGCCAGGCUUGGGUCGAUCAGCUUCGCAAGGAGGCAUUCAAACGAGUGUUAGACCAGCCUCGGCAGUGGUUCGAUGAAGAAGGCAAUUCGCCCUCCAGGAUCACUGCUUGUCUUGAUCAAAACGGGGAGGAUAUGCGGAACCUAGUAGGCCGUUUCGGCGGCUACGUCCUAGUGGCUGUGGCAAUUACCGUGACCGCAGUCAUUUGGUGUCUAGUCGUUUGCUGGAAGCUCACCCUGGUGGCGCUGUCAUGCGGUCCCGUCAUCUAUGCGAUUACCAGGGGAUUUGAAGGAACCAGCGGACUAUGGCAGGAGCGGUGCAACGAAGUUACCAGGAACGCAUCCGACGUAUUAGUCGAGACAUUCUCAGAAAUACGUACUGUGAGGACCCUGACGCUCGAGCCGUUCUUUCACAAGAAAUACUUGAAGGCGGCGUCAAAAUGCAUGAAAAUGUGCCUCAAGAGGGCGGCUUACACUGGGAUUUUGUUCGGCCUUGUGGAGUCUACGAUUAUCUUCGUGAGUGGUUUGAUUUUUUACUACGGAGCGCUUCUCGCAUCGUCCGGAUAUACGGUUGAAAAUGUGAUGACCGUAUUCUCGAUGCUGCUGUUUAGCAUUGGAUAUGCGAGCACGGUACUUUCAUGGAUUCCGCAAAUCAGUGCUUCUCAAGACAUGGCUACUCAGCUGCUACGACUGGCUAACCUACCUGUUGGGCAAUCCCAUGAACAUAAGGGUGACAAACGCCCUCUGAAGGCAGCACCGGUGAAAAUACGAAGUCUGACCUUUCGAUAUCCAUCGCGGCCCGACGCUCCUGCUCUCCGAAACGUGACUCUCGCCAUAGCUGAGAAUUCUUGCACAGCAAUUGUAGGUGGCUCUGGAUCAGGAAAGUCGACCAUAGGAUCCUUGAUUCUCUCUCUCUACGAAACACCGCUGUCCAGAUACGAGACGCCGACCAUCUCAAUCGGGGGUCUGGAUAUCCGACGCCUCCACACGCCGUCCCUCCGUUCCCUGAUAUCGAUUGUCUCACAGCAGCCUACGAUAUUCCCAGGCACCAUGCAUCAUAAUAUCUUCCCCCUCCGUGAGUUACACAAUGUUCGUGCUGCAGCUCAAGCUGCGGGCAUCGAUGACUUCAUCGUGUCACUUCCCGACGGCUAUUCGACUACCAUUGGGGACGGUGGCGUGGGCCUGUCCGGUGGCCAGGCGCAGAGAUUGGUGAUUGCACGAGCUCUUGUACGUCGGCCGCAGGUGCUGAUCCUGGACGAGGCAACUUCGAGCCUUGAUCCAGAGAGUGCAAAGGUGAUUCGGCACACAGUGCAGAGGCUGGUUUCGGCUCGAUCAGGCCUUACCGUGAUAAUCAUUACGCAUGCCAGAGAGAUGAUGGAGAUUGCGGAUAAUAUCGUCGUCCUUGAACAGGGGUCUAUUGUGGAACAGGGCCCUUACGAAGUUCUUGCAAGGCGGCGCGGUGGAAAAUUGAAAGCUUUGAUAGAGGACGGUGAGGGCGUUGACUCAUAG